AUGGCGUCCACCACCGACGCGUCAGGCCAACAGCCUCCCGCCCCCGCCCCCACUCCACCCUCUACGACAUCCACCUCGUCAGCCAGCACAAUCCAGGCGCCCUCGACAGCACAGACUAACGGCGCCCCCGAAGCCGGUCCUAGCCGCCCACGUGCACCAGAAGGAGCAGACGACGGCGCUCCACGUUCGUACUCUCCUCCGCGCGAGAUCACGCCCCAUCUCGAUCUGGCCACUUACCCAACACCGCAGCUGCUACGCCUGCUCGCGCGCCUCCUGCAACAGAUUGCUAGCAGCAAUGACCAGUUGCGCGCCGAACAUUCCGAUGAUGGUGACGAUGCAGAUGACGCGCACGAGCCACCACAUAGCGACGCAGCAUCGCUGGCAUCGGCGACAACCACCCAAUCCCGCUCCAGCACCGUGCACGACUCGCCGACAAACGAGCUCUUCCACGACGACCCCCCUCCCGUAGAUUUAGCGGCCGGAGACAAGCUGUUUACGGCCGCCAAGGUCUCGCUGUCUCAGCCGCAGAGCAUCCUGUCUUUCCACGCCCGACACGUGCCCUCGAUCAGCAUCGAGGCGUAUCUCCUCCGCAUCUUAAAGUACUGUCCGACUACCAACGAGGUCUUCCUGGGUCUCCUCGUGUAUUUCGACCGCAUGAGCAAGCUCGGCACCCCGGGAGGCGUGGGCGGCGUCAAGGCCGCGGUGGGACCGCGCGGCUUUGCCAUCGACUCGUACAACAUUCACAGAUUGAUCAUCGCCGGAGUGACGGUGGCGUCAAAGUUCUUCUCUGACGUCUUCUAUACGAACUCGCGUUACGCCAAGGUUGGCGGGCUGCCGCCUACCGAGCUGAACCAGCUCGAGCUCCAGUUCCUCCUCCUCAACAACUUUACGCUCAUGAUCCUCCCCGAGGAGAUGCAGCGAUAUGGUGACCGUCUCUUGGCCUACUGGCAAGGGCGGGAGGAGGAAGCUGGCGUGUCGCCAGAGGCAGCCGGCGAGCUGCGGCGGCAGGAGCGUGAGCGGGAGCGCGACCGACAGCGCACCACUGAAAAGCGGCCAUCGAUGCAGCGCGCAGCGUCCCACCAGCCAAUGGAGGUUGACAAGCCUGGUGCUGCUGCAGAAACAGCGACGGCGCCCCCGACACCAGCAAAGAACGGGAGCCCGAGCAAGCUCGCGCGUUCGUCGUCGCUCCCCCGCCGGCCGCCGAGUAACGAGCGCAGCGUCAGUGGAGGGCGGCCUGUUGUGUCAUUUCCGCCUGGGCUACGGGAGGGCGGGGUGGUAGGGGCUGGGCAAUGA